AAAAUUUCAGAUCAACAUCUGCCGUUGGUUACAGUUGUAUCAAUCCAUGAUACGGUUGGUGCUGAUGGGACUGCCCCACAGCUUGUUAACGAAACUAAGAAUUUUUCAUACUGUGUCCAACUAGAGACUGUAACUGAACCUAACAUUGCUACAAUUAAAAUCCUUGAGUUUCUUUAAAAAAACUUAUGAAAUUGCUGUUUGGUACUCUUCAGUUUUGUAUAAAUUUUUGAAAGAAACCUUAACACAGUCCAUUUUUAUAACCUGUUAUUUCUAUUAUUGUUUUACCCAUACACACAGCAUUUUCAUAUAAUAAAUGGUACCAUAUUUUUUUAAAUCAGAUUUGUUUGUAAAGACAAGGAACAUUGGCAGGGCAACUGAAAAGCCAGUAUUAUAUCUUGGAACAUUUUUUAGCGUCACUGUCCAUUUAUUACUUUCCAGCUUGGUCAUGUCCCUUUGUAGUUCUUCCAACCUUGUUUGUUGCACCUGAAGUAAUAGAAAAGUACCAAUAGGAGAGCUUUCAGGUUUGAUUCAGAUCCUGGAUCUGAACGGGCCACACUAACCUCUAUGACUCUCUAAAGGACUGCCAGCCCGAUGUGCAAUGCAGGAAAAAACACACAGGUUUAAAGUGUUCUACAGGUAAUUUUCAGCUGUUUUGUCACCUUUAUUCAGGUGACACAAAAUGAAACGGGAGAAACAAAAGGGGCAGCUUAUUUGAAGUGGGUUAUGCUCACAUCAAGUUUCUUUUGCUUAAAUGGAGUGACACAAGUAUCAGCCCAAAAGGUUCACUGCUAAACUUAUACCAUAAUGAAGGGAGAAUCAGGCACAGGACAACCUAAUAUCAGCUUUUGAUAUAUUUGCAAAAUAUUGUAGCAGUAUUUGAUGUUUCCACUAAAUCAGAAUGUAGUUUGGAAACUGAGAGGGGAGGUGGGAAUCUAAAUAAACAGAUAAGUCAGGUCUGAAGGGUCAUUCCCUUCAGUGAAAGUUAAGUGCAGUGGAUUGCUCUUCCUGGAUCUAACAGUAGGGGCGUGGGAAGAUUUCAGAUGUCACAGGGUUGUAGAUAACAUUUGAACAUAUGAUUAGCUUUCGUGAGCUGUCUUUAGAAACCUUACAUUUUUCCCCCCCGCACCUUAGCCAGAGAUCCUUCCCUUGAGGUUUCAGGACACUUAAAAUGUUGCUUUGACAAAAAUCAAGGAUGUGGAGAAGUUUUUCCUGUGUGAUGUCACUUUGCUGCCCUUUAUAAGCCUCUGCAGAAAAGAAGGGAACCUAUCUGAGGAUUCACACUCCAGACACAGGCGACCAAGGGCAAGCAAGAAGCACAGAGACAUAUUGAGCUGCAGAUACCAACCGAGGGUUAGGAACGGUGAGCCAUGCCACAAAGCAGUGCCUGCAGCUGCCUGCGGUACAUGCUACUGGUAUUGUGUAGCCUGAAGGCUGCCCUCGCCUUUCCCAACUCCUCUCCACUGCUGCAUCCCAGCUGGGGGAAUGGAGAUCACCUGAUGCACCUCUACACAGAUACAGAGAGGAACAGCUUCCAUCUCCAAAUCAACGCUGACGGUUACAUUGAUGGUGUUCCUCACCAAACCAUCUACAGUGCCCUAAUGAUGAAGUCCGAGGGUGCUGGCUCAGUAAUAAUCACAGGUGUGAAGAGUGGACGCUAUCUAUGUAUGGACAUGAAUGGAAACAUUUUUGGCUCGCAUUUCUUCAGUCAAGAGGACUGUGUGUUCAACCACCAGACACUGGAAAAUGGGUAUGAUGUGUACCAGUCUCCCAAACACAACUUCCUGGUUAGCUUAGGCAGAGUUAAACAAGCUUUCUUCCCUGGUAUGAAUCCACCACCAUAUUCCCAGUUUUUGUCCAGGAGAAAUGAAAUCCCUUUGUUUCGAUUCAACACACCUGAGCCUCACAGAAAUACUAGAAGUGCAGAUAUCGAUCCAAUGGAUCCUCACCAAAUUUUGGUCCCACAAAGGAAGAUCUCCGUGUUUGGAUCUCAGCUGCAGCAGCAAGCAGACUUCUCCCACAUGCCCAGAGAACCUGUGAGAAUCAACCAGAACGACGUGGUCAACCCAGAUGACCCACAUGCUAUGAUGGAUGCCAGGAGGUACGCAAGUCCUCGCUUUUAUAUUACGAGAUAACUGUGGCCCCACCACUUGCAAACCGAAGACAUGGGUGAAUAUAAUAGGCAAAGGAAGUGGCUAGUACCCUCAGUCUGAAUGUCAAAAUGGCUAUGAGAAACCUGAAAGACAUUGGGGGAAAAAUCCUUCAUUUCCAAUUUUGUUCUUACAGAUGAUAGUUUACUGAAAAAAUCAGUUAGCCAUGUUCCAGCUGGGGCUCUGUUUUACUGGAAAGAAGAUACAUGUUUGGAAAGAAUAAUACAAACCAAACGUUUUAGGAUCUGAAUCACUUUAAGCAUUCAGCAGCAAAAAGAACAAUUCACUGGAAGGAAAUGAGAAACUGAUGUUACGUUCCUGAUAUAACUGGAAAGACACCUGAAGCAUCUGAUAUUCCAAGAGAGACAGGGAAUCCUCUUACUAACACCAUCCCUGGCUGUGCAAACACAGCAGACAAACUCAGUGAUGGUGUGUUAUUUUAUAAAAAUUACUAUAUAUAUUUUUAGCUGUUAAGUUGGAGCUUCAGUCUCUUUUCAUGCCUUUUAAGAGUCAAAAAGUGAGCACUCUGCUGUCAUAGGAGCAGAACACAUGGAAAACUGAAGGAACUGACAGGAGAACAGGGCAGGAUCAAAUGGUCUUGUGUAGAAAGAGUAAUUUCUGACACCUACUGAAUCCAAGCUGAAGUCUGGGAAAAAGAAGAGUCUGUCUCUUACGUGCUUCUCUAUCACACUUAUAUAUACAUUAAAUUCUAGCAUCACAAUAUGGAAAUAUUAUGUGGAGACAUUCAUUAGUUCUGCAUAUUUCCAACCUAGAGAAAAGUAGCAGGUUACUAAUAAUAGUGUGUUAAACAGGAUGGUUUGUUUUGCACACUGCUGAGCUAUACAAGGAAAAAAAAAUCCAAAAAAUUAUGUCUUAUAGGCAUCAAACUAUUAAUAGUUCAUGAAGACUCCCAUCUAAUGAGUGAAAAUUAGGUUUAUAUUUAAAAAAGAAGAAUCUAAGUUUAGCAUUCAUGUUUCUAUUUAGUUCUGAGCAGGUAUCAGAUGCUUUAUACUUUUAAGACUGAAAUUAAUAUUAAUCUGGAGGUCUCUAAUGUUGACAAAACUUUUUUACUGCAUUGGUAUAUGCUAUGGGUAAGUUUACUUAUCAGAAUCUAACCUCUAUAUAUACAGCUGAAGUUUAAAAAUCUGUAGUUAAGAUGCAGUAUCUGCAGAGCACAGCUUUUUAUUGUAAUUUAGGUGUCAAAUUGUUAGCUGGUAGAAUUCAGUAUAGCUUGAUUGGUUUUAAUGGAGCUAUAUUCAUUUCCACAAGGACUCAGUCAAUUGUGUACACGCUUAGCUAUUUUUCUCCCUUAUAUCUUUUCAUUUUGAUUCAGUCUUCCUGUAAUCUUAAAGGUGUGUGGAUUUGAAAAAGUUAUUCUUGAUAUACUCUGCAGAAAUCAAUAGCAAAGGUACCAAUGAGCUGCACAAAAAUCCAGUGUGGUAGAUAUUUGAAAAGAUCUUUUAAUUUUGGUGUGUGUCCAUUUUCUGCAUGUCAGGAUGCAGAUUCCUCUGUUUUGUUCAUUUAGGAUAUUCAACAGCCUGACAACAGUCUGAAAAUGGUGCAUUUGUUUCAAGCAUGCUCAUAGGAAUAAUGCAAACAUUAGGCUAGACUCUGGUCCUGCUCUUUUUUCUGUCUCUUGAAGUAAUUCACUGAAGCCACUGGAGUUACAGCAGUGUAACAAAAUCAAAAUAAGUCCCCCCGUGUUUCUUACUUUCAUUGAAAUUGUUCUAGAUUUAGCACAGAGUCUGUCCUGCUGACAGCAUUUAAAAUAAUCUCUUUUUUUUCCCUACAUAUGUAUAUAUAUGUACACGAUACCACUUUACCUACAACAUCCAAAUUGUUAUGUUAGAGAAGUCACAGGGCUUGAUUCUGCUGUUAGAAUAAUUUUCCUAUGUGGAGUGAUUCCUAAUUCAUACAACUCCUUAGGAGUACAGGACAAGCCAAAUGAUUAGGAUUAGACCAAGAGUUCUGUCUCAUAAUUUGUUGGUUUUCAUCCUCUAAACUCAUCAUGUUUUUGAUUAGUUUCAAAAGGAAAGGAGUGAUUCUAAUAGAUUUAGGAGAAUUGCAGGGUGGAUGGAUAUUUGUGUAUUUUCAGGCUUAUUCAAACUAGAGCAAUACAUUUUACCUUGCUGUCUAUACAGUGGAGAGGUGUGAUUAUAUGUUUAGUUUAAUAAUUUUACUUGAUUCCUAUACCAUUUUUCUUGGCUUUUGCUCCUUGAGAAGUCUGGACUGUGAUUACAUGAGCAAAGUUUCCAUUUUGCAUUAAUUGUUGUAAGCUCCACAGAGCUCUCUAGGAUCCAAGUCAAUGGACGUACAACUUGAAUCAUGGGAAGUUCUGUCUUGAUCCAUAUAAAACUUUGAUGAGAAAUGUCAGUGGGGUUAAAUCUCUAUGCCAUCUCUAUAUUCAUACAUCGGAACAAAGUAAGAAGGGUUGCUCAUUCCAUCAGCAGCCAGGGGAUUUAAUCCCUGAGAGUGAAUGCACAGUGGAUUUUGCAUCAAAAAACCCCAUUUGUAAUCAUAGAUAACUGUAUUAAAAAUGUCAAAAGAAUUAAUUCUUCAAAGGAUGUGCUGGCAAUCACUGGCUAGUAAGAAAGCAUUACUUAUUUAUAUUGCAAUAUUUAUUUAUUUAUUGGAGUGGGUGUGAAGUCCCACAGAAUAUUUAUAAAUAUUUAUAUCAAUGUAUUAUAGAGACUAUUUCCUUUUAUAAAAGUACCAAUAAA